UCUUAAUUCCAUCUCCCAUUGAACCAAAAGCAUGCUAUCAACCUAGCCAAUCUGUGCUUUCACUACGAUUUAACGCGACGAUUUGAUCCUCGGCCCUCCUGGUUUCCUGUUGUGUCUCCGAGGAAAUUACAUUGCUGUCUAUACUUGCAAUGGUCGCCUCAGUCCUUAUACCCAGGAGGCCUGUAAUUGCCUUGCCAUUUCUGCUUCCGCCUUCUUGCCACACCGCGACUCUUGCUCCCCGGCGGAAUCAGUCCUCAUACGGGCGCACUAAACAACGUCUGCGCGUGAAACCGGAUGCUUCAUUUGGAUCUCCUACAAAUCAGCCAUAUGACAAUAUCAUUCACAACCCCCCUUCCAGUGCGCCUUCGGUCUACCAUACACCUACGAAAUUUCUUCCCUCCAAUGAUGCCCGAAGAGCGCUACGUGCCCAUGCUGGGGUGAAAUCCGAGGGACCCGAAGAACUUCCUCCUGUGUUCAAGGCAUCUACCCAGAAGAAAUAUCACUUGAACCCGUCGGACAUAGAGGAGAUUCGCAAGCUACGACUCAGCGAUCCGAUGAUGUGGAGCCGGUGGAAACUGGCCAAGCGCUUCGAUUGUUCCCCCAUGUUCAUUGCAAUGGUAUGCGAAGCUAGCCCGCAGAAGAAAGAGAUACAACGACAUGUUUUGGAGGCCGUCCAAUCGCGAUGGGGUGCCAAACGUCGGAUGGCCAGAGAAGACCGCCAGUUACGCAAGGAGUCCUGGGGAAGAAGUGAAUAAGGGUGAGACUCCCCAAGAUCCGCUGACCGGGCCCUGCCUCACUGCCGAUAAUCAUCACCUCUUAACUUUUUCUUUUUUGCCAUCUCAUUUUCUAUGAACAUCUAUCUGUGUGGCUAGAAUCUCCUGUCUCGAACGGUGGCCUAUUCAGGGAGGUGGUACUUGUGUAUAAAAUCCUGUAUUUUAGCAAUCUUACAACAUGUCUGAUCUGAACCAUUUUGCUGCCAGCGGC